ACAUAUUUCUCAACGCGUAAUCACCGCAAUUGCUUUCGGUAAUUGCACACUUCCCUCUUACUUCACCUGCUUGCCCAUCUCUACUCCUUCCUUUUUGGGUUUUUUUAUAGCGCUUUAUCUUCUCUACUCAACGCAUUUGCUUUUAGAUCUCAAUCUCUCUGUCUCACACUAGGUCUCAAACAAAAUGGCUCGCGUAUUCAUGCUUCUUGCUCUCUGUGUGCUACCGGCCCUUGUAAGUGCUGCUCGCCCUGGAAGAAACCCAUUUAGUGUUCAAGGACUCGUGUACUGUGACACUUGCCUUGCUGGUUUUGAAACCCCCAAAACGACUUACAUUGCAGGUUCCAAGGUUAAGGUGGAAUGCAGGGACAGGAAGACACAAGAUCUUGUCUAUAGCAAGGAAGGCACAACAGACUCAACUGGAAAAUACAUCAUCACUGUUGAUGAGGACCACAAGGAUCAAAUCUGUGAUGCCAUGCUAGUUAGCAGCCCCCGCAAGGACUGCAGCUCACCAUCUGCAGGCCGUGACCGUGCCCGUGUUAUCUUGACCAGUUACAAUGGUCUUGUAUCAACCACUCGCUAUGCCAAUUCUAUGGGUUUCAUGGCUGCACAGCCCAUGUCUGGAUGCACUGAGCUUCUCAGGUCAUACCAGGAGUUCGAUAAUUAGAGUUUCACUGAGUUACUCUGAAGUGUCUAGUUGACUAAAUACUUGCGUGGUUUAUUAUUCUAUUAUUAUCUAUUAAGAUUGUUACCCGUAUUGAUUUGUUUCUCGGUGUUUUAGAGGGCUAUUAAUUUAUCCUUGUUAAUGGACUCAGUUGGAAUUUCUAAGUACUGUAUGCAAGUCACAUUUUGAGUA